AUGGAUCCAGUGCAGGAAUCAGAUCUGGAUAAAUCGCAAAGGGAAAGGAGUGAAAAAUACAUGGACAGAUUGAUCAGAUAUAGUCCUAUGAUUCGAUUUAUGAUCAAGCAUUUGAGCGUUGUUGGUUGCUCACCUUUUGAUCAAGAUGGAUUUGUUGACAAGAUUUUUUUUGGGAAAUGCUCAGGUGAUAUAGCCGGUGGUUUUAGACCUUCUCAGCCGGGUGAACCAAAAUCGAGAUCUGGUUUAUUAAUCUGCUACAAUAGGAUCAAAAGCAAAUCGCAUAUGGAGCAAACUAUGGCGCAUGAAUUGAUUCAUUGGUUCGAUCAUUGUCGAUUCAAAGCAGAUUGGUCAAAUUUACGACAUGUUGCGUGUAGUGAAAUACGUGCAGCCUCUCUUUCAGGCGAUUGCAGAUUCUUCAACGAAUUACUCAGGGGAAAGUUCGGAGUACGAAAGCAUCAUCAAACGUGCGCAAGAAGGCGAGCGAUUGUUUCUAUGGUCAGUAACCCAGAUUGUCCGGAUGAAGGAACGGCAGAGCGAAUUGUAGAUGAAGUUUUCGAAAGCUGCUUCAACGAUACCCGACCGUUUGAUGAGAUAUAUUAA